AAAAUAUAUUAUCCCAAAACAUAAUAUCUAUCACUAAAUAUAUGAUAAAUUCAUAAAAUAUUAUACAACUGAACUCUUCUGUAAAGUCAAAUUUUCAGUUCCCUUUUUCCCUUUAUUGCUGUCACCUUUUUUUUUGUUAUUUCAGUUAUAGAAACAUAGAAAAAUGCUCCCGUUUCGUCGUAGAUUUUGAAGUUAAAAUUUCAAUGCAUUUUUAAAAUUGUAUUUAGAUAUAUAUUUUAUUUAUAGAAUUCUUUUAAAGUUUUAUGAGUGAUGGAUAUCUUUGGAAAUUUAAUAAUACUAGAAGAUCGAAUUUUUGAAAUCUGAUCAGAUUUCAGUCAAACAAAAGGAGUAACUAUAUAAAGCCUCUUUUUUCACCAAUCAUCAAAUUCUCUAUCACACAUAACUUUUUUUUAUUUUCUCUUCUCUCUGAAUUUCAUUUUUCAAGAAAAUGGAAUUGAAAAAAAAUAUUUUUAUAUUUUUUCUUGUUGUUCCUUUAUUAUUCUUGGUUCCAUUAUUUCAUGAAGGAAUAAGAACAGCCAUUGCUGCAAGAAAUCAAGAUUCUUCAGAAUCAUGGGGCUAUGUUGAAGUUAGACCAAAAGCCCACAUGUUCUGGUGGUACUACAGAAGUUCAUAUAGAGUUGAAGAUCCAAAUAAGCCAUGGCCAAUAAUUCUAUGGUUACAGGGUGGACCUGGAGCAUCAGGAGUUGGAACUGGAAAUUUUCAAGAAAUUGGGCCAUUGGACACUAAUCUUAAACCUAGGAAUUCAACUUGGUUAAGAAAAGCUGAUCUUCUUUUUGUAGACAAUCCAGUUGGAGCAGGAUAUAGUUUUGUGGAGGACAAUAAAUUAUUUGUGAAGACAGAUGUGGAAGCAGCAACAGAUUUGACUACAUUAUUAAUUGAAAUUUUCAAUAGAAAUCAAAGUUUGCAACAAAGUCCUUUAUAUAUAGUAGCUGAAUCAUAUGGAGGAAAAUUUGCUGUUACUCUUGCACUUUCAGCCCACAAAGCUAUUCAAUCUGGCAAAUUGAAGCUCAAACUUGGAGGAGUGGCAUUGGGUGAUAGUUGGAUUUCACCUGAAGAUUUUGUGUUUUCAUGGGGUCCUCUUCUGAAAGAUAUGUCAAGAAUUGAUUGGAAUGCCCUACAAAAAUCAAACAGUGUAGCUAAAAAAAUAAAGCAACAAAUUGAUGCUGGCCAAUUUGAAGCUGCAACAGAUUCAUGGAGUGAAUUAGAAGCUAUCAUAAGCAAUUACAGUAAUUCUGUGGAUUUCUACAAUUUCUUGUUGGAUUCUGGAAUGGACCCUUUAUCAUUAACAUCUUCUGAAUUAUCAAAAUCAAUUGGAAUGAAGAGAUAUUCAAGAUAUUUACAAUCAUCUAGAAUUAAUCCUGGUGGUGAUGAUGAUCUUGAUAAUUUAAUGAAUGGUGUUAUAAGAAAAAAAUUGAAAAUUAUUCCACAAAAUAUUAGUUGGGGAGGACAGUCUGAUUCGGUUUUUAGUGUCCUAAAAGGCGAUUUUAUGAAGCCAAGAAUCGAUGAGGUUGAUGAAUUAUUGGCAAAAGGAGUGAAUGUGACUGUGUAUAAUGGGCAACUUGAUCUCAUUUGUGCCACUAAAGGAACAGAAGCAUGGGUUGGAAAACUAAAGUGGGAAGGUUUAAAAACUUUCUUGAAUAUAGAAAGAAAUCCAAUUUAUUGUGGAGGUGACAAAGUUACUAAAGCUUUCACUAAAUCAUAUAAGAAUCUACACUUUUAUUGGAUUCUUGGUGCUGGCCAUUUUGUACCAGUUGAUCAACCUUGUGUGGCAUUAGAUAUGGUUGCUAGCAUCACACAAUCACCAGCAAUUUCAAAAAAAUAAAUAAAUAGAAAUUCCAACAAUUAAAGGUGAAAAAUAAAUAUAGAAAUAAAUUUGUUUCAGAAAUUGAAUUCAUGUUGAGAUUUUUUUUUCUCUCCAGAAUAUUUUAUUUAUUUCUCUUACAGUUAUGUCUAAUUCAAUUAUUCGUGUAUAUUUUGUCUAUGCUCACCGUGAUUAUUUGGUUAGACAAUGUGUAAUUGAUAAAUUUUUUAAAGGGGAUCGACGUAUAUACAUUUUUCUUUCAC